AUGAUCACAAAUGGGAGGUUAAAACUUACAAGCAUGAUUAAAUCCCUUGAGUUGAUAACAGACUGGAUCAUCUACCCAGCCCUUUUGGCAUUCUUCUGUACCAUCGCCAUUUUCAGCGCCUUUUACAUAACUCUUGGAAUCAAAUCGGCUUUCGACAAACUCUUCGCUGUCGUGUGCGAGAGGUGGCAUCUGGGCAACAAUGGAGCAACACCGCCAGCGCCGUCGCCGUCUGUGACCGCUAAUGUUCAAAGGAAGGAGGUGGAGGAGGCCGUGAAGGUCUUGGAGAUUAUCCCAGCCCCUGCAACGUACAAGAGAAACCGAAACCAUUCAAUAGUUAGCUGUGCAAUUUGCUUGGAAGAUUUGAAGGAUGGAGAAUUAUGCCAGGCUCUUCCUGAUUGUCAACAUGCAUUCCAUUCAUCUUGUAUCAAACCUUGGCUAAUCAAGAGGCCUAAUUGUCCCAUUUGUCGCCAGUCUCUACCAAUCGUUUGA